CGUGGCCUGGAACAAGCAGAAAAGUAUUUUAAUGGCAUCCCUGAAACAAUGAGGUCAUUCCAGCUUUACAGUGCUCUUCUGCAUUGCUAUGCUCAAAAAGAGUGCUUGGAAAAGGCAGAGGCCACAAUGCAAAAUAUGAGGGAGUUGGGCUUUGUAAAAAGCCCAUUGUCUUAUAACGUAAUGUUAAAGCUCUAUGCUCAGCUGGGAAGACAUGAGAAGCUAGACAGCCUAAUGCAAGAGAUGGAAGAGCAGGGUAUUGAUUGUCAUUCAGUCACUUUCAACACCAGAUUAAAUGCUUAUGCGUCCACUUCUGACAUAGAGGGAAUGGAGAAAUUUCUAAUAAAGAUGGAGGCUGAUCGACGCAUCAAAGUGGACUGGCAUGCCUAUGUCAUUGCAGCAAAUGGGUACUUGAGAGCUGGCCUCACUGAUAAUAGUUUGCAAAUGGUGAAGGGAGCUGAGCAACUAAUCAGUAACAAAACACGAAGGUCUGCUUUUGAGAUUUUCCUAAUAUUAUAUGCUUCAAUAGGGAGAAAAGAUGAAGUGUACCAUAUAUGGAAUUUAUACAAGAAAAUGAGGAAAUUCUCCAAUAAAGUCUAUGAUGUCCGAGUUCCUAGGAUAUUGAUCAGUGCUUAUUGCAAAAGGGGCCUUAUAGAAAAGGCUGAGGUACAUAUAAACAGACAUGUAGCCAGUGGGAAGGAGCCUGAUUCAUUUAUGUGGCAUAGUCUGGCUACAGGAUAUAAAAUCAGAGACCAAAUGACGAAGGCAGUGGAAUCCAUGAAGAAGGCAAUCUUGGCCAAUUCGCCACCAAGGAAACUUGAACUUAACCACCUUACUUUGGCUGCUUGUCUUGAGUGUUUGAAAAGACAGGGAGAAGUAGAAGCUGUAGAAGAGCUUUUGAAGUUGCUUAAUGACGAGUUAUGAUAAAUUGGUAAAUAAGAUGGAUGACAGAUA